GUAACAUUACUGCUGAUUGGUGCAGACCCGUCAAGAGAAAGAAUGUAAACAAAAACACAACCAGCAAGGCGGAUUUGAGUUCAAAGUCUGACCCAAAGAACAACUCAUUUGUUUGUCUGUGGAAAUGGUUACUCUGCUGUUACAGAGCCCAGUUACGAUCUACUGAAAAUCAAGUUCAGGUUGUUAUUCUUCCUGCCUGUAAGUUUGCACGACGUGUGACGUUAUGGCGAAUGACAAGAGAGACCCCGAUUGGUACCUGGCCCUGAUGGCACCCAACACAAAAGGACCAGAGUUCAGCUGGUUGGACCCCACUGCCAUGUACAGGAAUGCUGAGGCUUUCCAACAAUGUGUAGCUGACCUCACAAAGGCCUUCAAGCCUGAUGAAGUAGACCUGGUCGCUGGGAUAGACGCUACAGGUUUUAUCCUUGGUGGUGCUAUAGCUUGCCACCUGAAGAAAGGAUUCCUUGCCAUCCGUAAGUAUGGCCACCUGUGUGUCGACGUGGACGAUGUCAGAUUCAAGGACUAUUCCAAGAAGGAAAAACGUUUGGAAAUUCGAAAGGAUGCCUUCAAGCCAGGUACAAAGGUGCUGAUCGUGGACCAGUGGAUAGAGACUGGGGGUAACAUGGGCGCUGCAGUAGAGUUGGUUGAGAGACAACAGGGAAUUGUGGCAGGAAUUGCCUGUGUCUGUAUUGAAGAGACAGAAGGAGGGAAGAGGCUUAUGGAGAAGUACAAGUGUGUGUCCAGUGUGGUUUCCAGGGAAAUCCAAGAUCAAGUCAAUGCCAAGAAUCUGGAAAGCUUCAAGACAUACAAACCCUUGUGAUGUGGGAAAAGGAUAUUCAUAGGUUGAUUAACUGUGGUCUGACUGUGUGCAUGAUACAGUGAAAGCCUUUGUUUGAAUAAAGAUUGUUCACUGGGUGAAAUGUUGAUAUUUUUAUGAAUGCAGUUUUCAGCUCGUGUUCAAAAAUUGUGGAAGAGCUCACCUUCCAAAAAGUUUGAAUGAAGCUUGGCAAACAAGGUGCUACACAUAUAUUUGCAUGAAGACCAAAUAUGGAUCUAUUCUUGUUAAAUGUAGUCUGACCAAUAAGUUCCAAAAGAAGUCUACUCUACUCAACUCUACUCUACUCUACUCUAACUAUAAAUGAUAGACUGUAACAGGAAAAGGUAGACCUCACGGUGAAAUUUUGGCAAAACAAUUUGAUAAUUACCGGUAUGUUAAUGUAAUCUUUCUUUUGAAUCCAAGGUAAAUUGAUUUGAAAAAACAGGUGGCCAUCAUCAACAUUUUUUUUAUCGAAAUGAGUUCUGUAUUUGCAUGCACUUUCUAGGAAUAAGUAAGUGUGCUGUAAUUUUGUAUUAAUUUAUGAUAGAGAUGUAUGUUUCAGUUUUAGAAGGAAUAAGUUGUUGCAAGUGUUAUCAUGUUUUGUAAUGUAACAGUCUGUUAUUCUAAAAAGAACUUUCUUCCAUCCUCCAAAGGAUGUUUACAUCUUCUCAAACCAAGGAGCAUUUAUUAAGUGAUGAAAGCUCCUUGCUCAAACACUUUGUGCUCUUAUAGGUCUUUUAACAGCAUUGCGUCCAUUUUUGUGUCUCUGCAUCCAAGGGCUCUGCAUAUCUUCAUUGCAUGGCAGCUACAAAAGAAACAAUUAUGUGCCAAGUUCAUACAACAGAUGUGAUGCUGGAAUAACACUCAUUAAACAUACUUUUCAAACUA